GCCGGGAGCAGUGUGUGUGAGAGUGUGUGCUGGUGUAAUCUGACAGCACGCCGGGCUGCGUUUCCUAAGAAAAGCUGCGCUCUCAGUCUUAUUGCCGCUCUCCUUGUCUCUGUGCGCAGUGACAGAGAGCAGUGUAACCGCGGGCCUGUUUUUGGAAUACGAAAAGCAUUGCUGUUUUCUGACUUUGAGAGAAGGAAGAAGGGACUCCUCUGGAAUUUCCUCAGGAAUUUAUCCGGACAGCUCCGUUACCGGGGCUUUGCAUUCUACCGCCUGGGUAUAUAAUGUGACCAACUAUUCCACACUAGGGAGAUUCUGAGGAGUUCUCUCCUUUCGUCGCUCUGGUCAGAGGAAGCAAUCGCACAUUAUUAUUCCAAACGGGUGGGGUCAAAGGGGGCUUUCUUUUCAGGGGUGAGUCGGCGAGGACACAGCAUCGGGCAGCAUGUUGGCACCUGCAUGAUCCGACACAGGAGCCUCAAUUCUUGUUCUCUUUCCUGAGACGUCACCCACAGGAUGAGGCCUGCGGCAGGUCUCAGGAGAGAGGAUGUUCCAUGACUUUCACACCUUCGACCUCAAGCUCUUGAACUGUUGGGAAGGUUGCUUGAGCGCUGAAAGGCUGUGAAUACCCUGCAUCUGAGAAAUCAGACCAGACUGACUCACAGGGCUCUGUGAGCCAGCUCCACUGAGGCUGCCAAAGCAUGCUGGUGCCAAGCUGUCCCACCAUGCACAGAGCCAGACCCACGCUGAUGCUGGCCCUGGGUCUGCUCCUGCACCUCGCCGACGCUCAAACACCACCAAAGUUUUUAAGAACCCCCAAUGACCAAACAGGCGUGCAAGGAGGCGUGGCAUCCUUCAUCUGCCAAGCUACCGGAGAUCCACGGCCGAAGAUUGUGUGGAACAAGAAGGGGAAGAAAGUCAGCAACCAGAGAUUUGAGGUGAUAGAGUUCGACGAUGGUUCUGGUUCAGUGCUAAGAAUUCAGCCUUUACGCACGCCCCGAGAUGAAGCCAUAUACGAAUGCGUUGCCUCCAACAGUGUUGGAGAGACGAGCGCUACCACCAGACUCACUGUUUUACGUGAGGACCAGCUGCCCCCGGGGUUCCCCACCAUAGACAUGGGCCCCCAGUUGAAGGUGGUGGAGCGAACACGCACUGCCACCAUGCUCUGUGCCGCCAGUGGCAACCCCGACCCCGACAUUUCCUGGUUCAAAGACUUCCUUCCCGUCAACACCACCAACAACAACGGGCGCAUUAAACAACUCAGAUCAGGAGCCCUCCAGAUAGAGCAGAGCGAGGAGUCGGACCAGGGGAAGUAUGAGUGUGUUGCGACCAACAACGACGGGACCCGCUACUCUGCCCCCGCUAAUCUAUAUGUCAGAGUACGCCGGGUGCCACCACGAUUCUCCAUCCCACCCACGGACAAUGAGAUCAUGCCGGGUGGCAGCGUCAACAUCACGUGCGUGGCAGUGGGCUCACCCAUGCCGUACGUCAAGUGGAUGCUGGGAGCUGAAGACCUCACGCCUGAGGAUGACAUGCCCAUCGGACGCAACGUGUUGGAGCUCACAGACGUGCGGCAGUCGGCCAACUACACCUGCGUGGCCAUGUCCACGCUGGGGGUGAUCGAGGCUGUGGCACAGAUAACGGUGAAAGCAUUACCCAAGGCUCCUGGCAUCCCCGUGGUGACGGAGCGCACAGCUACCAGCAUUACGUUGACGUGGGACUCUGGGAAUCCUGAACCCGUGUCCUUCUACAUCAUCCAGCACAAGUCCAAGUACUCGGAGGACUCGUACAAGGAGAUAGACGGUGUAGCCACCACCCGCUACAGUGUGGGGGGGCUCAGCCCGUACUCUGACUACGAGUUUCGCGUUGUAGCGGUGAACAACAUCGGACGCGGGCCCCCCAGCGAGAGCAUAGAGGCCAAAACAGCAGAGCAGGCCCCAAGCACGGCCCCGAGGCAGGUCAGAGGUCACAUGUUGAGCACCACCACUGCCGUCAUACACUGGGAUGAACAGGAGCCCAACGGGCAGAUAAUGGGCUACAGGGUCUACUACACCAUGGACUCCACCCAGCACGUCAACCUGUGGGAGAAGCAGAUCGUUCGGGGGGCAAACUUCGUCACCAUCCAGGGGCUCAUCCCCAACAAGACCUACUACAUAAAGGUGCUGGCCUACACCUCGGUGGGGGAUGGACCCCUCUCCACUGACAUACAGAUCAUCGCCAAGACAGGAGUUCCCGCCCAGCCCACAGACUUCAAAGGAGAGGCAAAAUCAGAAACAAGUAUUUUACUCUCGUGGAUUGCUCCGGCACAGACCGGACAGGAAAAUCAGAUCACAGGAUAUGAGCUGAUGUACAGGAAGAGGGACGACAAAGAGGAGAAACGCAUCAGCUUCGAGCCGACGACAACGUACCUGCUGAAGGACUUGAAGCCCUUCACUACUUAUACUUUCCGACUGGCAGCUCGUAGUAAACAUGGAGUAGGAGCAUACACCAAUGAGAUCUCUGCAGAGACUCCACAGACACAACCUGCGGGUCCGCCACAGGAAGUCAAGUGCUUUAGCUCCAGCUCCACCAACAUCCUGGUAAGUUGGCAGCCCCCACCAACGGAACUACAAAACGGGAUUAUAACGCAAUACACCAUCCAGUACGCCGCAACUGAAGGGGAGGACACCACCGCACAUGAAAUCUCCAACAUCCCUCCGGAAAGCUCUCAGUACCUUUUGGAGAACCUGGAGAAAUGGACUCAGUACGGAGUGACCGUCACUGCUCACACGGAUGUCGGGGCGGGACCAGAGAGUGAGCCACAGCUCGUCCGCACAGACGAGGAUGUUCCUAGCGGGCCACCUCGUAAAGUUGAGGUGGAGGCUGUCAACUCCUCAUCAAUUAAAGUGAUCUGGCGCUCACCGAUGCCCACCAAGCAGCACGGUCAGAUCCGAGGGUACCAGGUGCACUAUGUCAGGAUGGUUAAUGGGGAACCCACAGGACAGCCAGUCAUCAAGGACAUCCUGAUUGAUGAUGCACAGUGGGAAUAUGAUGAUUCAACCGAACAUGAAAUGAUCAUCACAGAGCUGCAGGCUGAGACCACAUACUCAGUUACUGUGGGAGCAUACACCACCAAAGGCGAUGGCGCACGCAGCAAGCCCAAACUGAUCACCACCACUGGCGCAGUCCCUGAUAAACCUCGACUAAUGGUCAGUACGACCAACAUGGGCACAGCUCUCCUGCAGUGGCACCCCCCAGCAGUCACCCACGGCCCCCUGCAAGGCUACCGCCUUCGCUUUGGUCGCAAAGACGUGGAUCCACUGACGGUCAUCGAGUUCCCCGAGCGGGAGAACCACUACACUACCAAAGAGAUCCACAAGGGAGCCUCGUACACUUUCCGCCUCUCCGCGCGUAACAAGGUGGGCUUCGGGGAGGAGACCGUGAAAGAAGUAACCACAAACGAGGCUGUGCCGAGCGGUUACCCUCAGAGUAUCACCGCAGAGGGCGCCACAACCUCCACCAUCCAGGUCAGCUGGAAACCCGUUUUGCUGCCAGAGCGAAAUGGGCAAAUAGUGAAAUACGCUCUGCAGUACAAAGACAUCAACAGCCCACGCAGCCCCUCCGAACUCUUCAUCACUGCGCCGGAAUCAACUGUCAUCCUGGAUAGCCUUAAGCCUGAUACCACUUAUGAUAUUAAAAUGUGUGCCUUCACCAGCAAGGGCUCUGGUUCCUAUAGCCCCAGUGUCCAAUUCAGGACACAGCCUUUGGAUCAAGCAGUGUUUGCAAAAAAUUUCCACGUGAGAGCUGCCAUGAAGACAUCAGUGCUGCUCACCUGGGAAAUCCCAGACACCUACAACCCCGCUCAGCCUUUCACUAUCCUUUACGACAACGGGCAGAGUGUGGAGGUGGACGGGAAGCUAACGCAAAAGCUAAUCACGGGCCUUCAACCUGAGACGCAGUACUCCUUCCUCCUGACCAAUCGUGGAAACAGUGCAGGAGGACUGCAGCACCGAGUGUCCACCAUGACCGCCCCCGACAUCCUCCGCACCAAACCCUCCCUGAUCGGAAAGACCAACUCAGACGGGAUGGUGACUGUUGAGCUGCCAUCUGUGCAGACUUCUGAGAAAAUAAGGGGAUAUUACAUAGUGGUGGUGCCUCUGAAGAAGCAACGCACUGGCAAGUUUUUCAAACCGUGGGACAAUCCUGAUGAGAUGAAUUUGGAGGAGCUGCUGAAGGAGAUAAACCAAACGAGCAGAGGCCUUCGCUUCCGCAGGCAGGCAGAACCCAAAGCCUACAUCGCAGCGUACUUCAAAGACCUGCCCAGCGAGUUCACACUCGGAGAUGGAAAGACCUACAGGGGCUUCGAGAACAAGCAGCUGCAGAACGGACAGGAGCACAUCUUCUUUGUGCUCGCUGUUUUGGAGAUGUCUGAAAACAUUAUGUACGCCACAAGUCCGUACUCUGACCCGGUGGUGUCUGCGGACACGGACCCCCAGCCCAUCAUCGACGAAGAAGAAGGCCUCAUCUGGGUGGUGGGCCCUGUGCUAGCUGUGGUCUUCAUCAUAUGCAUCGUCAUUGCAAUCCUCCUCUACAAAAGGAAAAGAGCCGAAUCUGAAGCUAGGAAAGGCAGUCUCCCCAACAGCAAAGAAAUGCCUCUGCAUCAUCCCACUGACCCUGUCGAGCUGCGGCGCCUCAACUUCCAAACGCCUGGUAUGGCAAACCAUCCUCAAAUCCCAAUCAUGGAGCUGGCCGAUCAUCUGGAGCGCCUGAAAGCCAACGACAACCUCAAGUUUUCACAGGAGUACGAGUCCAUCGACCCCGGGCAGCAGUUCACCUGGGAGCACUCGAACUUGGAGGUCAACAAGCCAAAGAACAGAUAUGCCAACGUGAUUGCCUACGAUCACUCCAGAGUGCUGCUCUCUGCUAUCGAUGGAAUCCCUGGAAGUGACUAUAUCAACGCCAACUACAUCGAUGGCUACAGGAAGCAGAACGCCUACAUCGCCACCCAAGGAGCUCUGCCGGAAACAUUUGGUGAAUUCUGGAGGAUGAUCUGGGAGCAGAGGAGCGCCAUCGUUGUUAUGAUGACCAAACUGGAGGAAAGGUCCAGGGUUAAAUGUGACCAGUACUGGCCGACAAGAGCGACAGAAACAUACGGCCUCAUCCAGGUCUCACUGCUGGAUACGGUAGAGCUGGCCACAUACUGCGUCAGGACAUUUGCACUUUUUAAAAACGGCUCGAGUGAGAAGAGGGAGGUGCGGCAGUUCCAGUUCACGGCCUGGCCGGACCACGGUGUGCCCGAACACCCGACUCCAUUCCUGGCCUUCUUGAGGAGGGUGAAGGCGUGCAAUCCUCCAGACGCAGGGCCCAUGGUGGUGCACUGCAGUGCUGGGGUUGGACGCACAGGGUGCUUCAUCGUGAUUGAUGCCAUGAUGGAACGAAUCAAGCACGAGAAGACAGUGGACAUCUACGGGCAUGUAACGCUCAUGCGUGCCCAGCGCAACUACAUGGUGCAGACGGAGGACCAGUACGUGUUCAUACACGACGCACUGCAAGAGGCCGUCAACUGCGGCACCACCGAAGUGCCCGCCAGAAACCUAUACGCCUACAUCCAGAAACUGACGCAGAUAGAGGGCGGAGAGAAUGUCACCGGCAUGGAACUAGAGUUCAAGCGUUUAGCUAACACUAAAGCCCAUACAUCACGAUUCAUCAGUGCCAAUCUCCCCUGCAACAAGUUCAAGAACCGCCUUGUUAACAUAAUGCCAUAUGAGUCCACACGAGUGUGUCUUCAGCCCAUCAGAGGAGUGGAGGGCUCCGACUACAUCAAUGCCAGUUUCAUUGAUGGGUACAGGCAACAGAAAGCCUAUAUAGCCACACAGGGACCACUGGCAGAGACCACGGAGGACUUCUGGAGAAUGCUCUGGGAACACAACUCUACUAUUGUCGUUAUGCUCACCAAGCUUAGAGAAAUGGGCAGGGAAAAAUGCCACCAGUACUGGCCAGCAGAGAGGUCGGCCAGAUACCAGUACUUUGUGGUGGACCCGAUGGCCGAGUAUAACAUGCCCCAGUACAUCCUGAGAGAGUUCAAAGUGACUGAUGCCAGGGAUGGACAGUCGCGGACAGUAAGGCAGUUUCAGUUCACGGACUGGCCUGAACAAGGAGUGCCAAAAUCAGGAGAGGGUUUCAUUGACUUCAUUGGCCAAGUACAUAAAACAAAAGAGCAGUUCGGCCAAGAUGGGCCUAUUUCGGUCCACUGUAGCGCGGGUGUUGGUAGAACUGGAGUUUUCAUCACCCUUAGCAUCGUCUUGGAACGAAUGAGAUACGAGGGCGUAGUAGACAUCUUUCAGACAGUGAAAAUGUUACGGACACAGAGACCAGCUAUGGUGCAGACAGAGGAUCAAUACCAGUUCUGCUACAGAGCUGGCUUGGAGUACCUGGGAAGUUUUGAUCACUAUGCAACGUAAGAGACCCAGUGCUGGAAGAAAAAAGCAGAGGGCCCUUUGGAAGAAAAACCCAGUGAGCCUCUCUUCUGAGCCAUAAAUUCCUGCUUGAGAAAGUACUCCUUAACUCCUUGCUAACAACUCAUUAAGUGUUGGAUGUGUGACAUGACUUGUCAAAAAAUGAAUAAGAUGAUUCCCGGAGGACCAAGUAUUUCCCAAACCCGAUAAAACCUCGCCUUGGUGCAAAGCGAGGGAAUCCUGACUUUUGAAGCAUUGUAUGGAAUUACCUUCUCUUUUGCUUCAAGGAUUCAUUGUGGGGCUCAUAAAACUGAAUGAAACCAACACAACAAAAAAGUAAAUGAACAAUAAUGACAUCGUCAGAAAUGCAUCAGUGAUUAUGAACCAUUACGAGAGGCAUUGAAGGAACACAGAAUUGUGGGGGGUGAGGGGGGGGAAACUUGAUGCACAUUGUAAAGAAAAAAAAACCUGUUUCACAAUCAAGUACACAACCCAUCGUAAAAGAAGACAACGCUCGCUCCACAACAGCAGGACAGAAUUAAAGUAAUAAUGAAUAAAUAACCCUUUUCCUGUCACAAUGUCGAUCAUCUAAAUUUGGGAGAGGGUGAAGCUCAAAUGAUCUAUGAAAUAAAUCAAAUGAUUAAUUUAGUUUUUUAGUACUUUAUUAUACAGCUGAUGUGCUUUUUUUGAACUGUGUGGAUUUACUUUUUUUACACAAAUGUAUCGCUUGGAGAAGAAAAGUGAUAAUACGUAAAUGUUAAUUUUUUUUAAAGCUGUAGAACUGUUCUGACGUAUGUGCUAUUUUGCAGAGAAUCUCAUUUUGUUUUCCUUCAAUUUUUUCCCUUCAUUUCGUUGCACUUCGGUGCACAGAACAGAAUUCUCACUACCAAAAUGUAACUUUGUUCAAGAGUUAUUAUUUGUUUGUUUUUGUCCAUGAUCACAUACAUGGUAACUUAAUUCCUCCCUAAAGAUAAACUGGGGCUUUGUGGAAUCAACAGGGAUGAGCAAAGUAUGAAGCUGCUGCUACCGAUUAUCUUAGUUCUUCCAUGUAAGACGGAUGAUAAUAGAGAACCUGAUGAAUUGGAUAAAUUAUAUGAAUAUAGAUAUACGGUACAUAUUGUCAAAUAUAUGUGAAAAAUAUAUAUUAAAGCAUAAAUAUAACAUUCUAAAUAUAUUGAUAAAGUACAUAAUUUAUUAGUAAAAGUAUAUAAAACAUGGAUUGUCUAUGAAAGCUUCCAGAUUGAGAGAUUUGUGCGAUGGGGGAAAUGAAAAGAGGUUUUUCACUGGAAUGCACAUCAGCAGGACACAAUUGUAUUCUGAUUCAGUGCAUCUUUACUCGUGCAAUAAAUAUCUGUGUUAUUAGAUAGGGUUCAUGUGGAUAUGUCAUUCACUUGUGGCAUUGUUGUUCCCCCGCAACUGAGGAGUGGGAAGGUCCGUAAAAGCAUCACUGGUGCAUUUUCUCCUCCAGCAUCAAUCACCGCUCCACACAAUAGGGCAAAGUACAAAGACGUCACUUUCUCGUGGUUCUUUAACGCAUUCAAUUGUAAUGACAUUUAUUUUCAUUUUGCAUUUAGAGUGCCUUAUAUUUAUGCCUGUUUUUAUAAUGUUUCAUUUAACCUAGUAAUGUAUCCUUUGAGUAAUCAAGGCAUCUAGUAUCAAUGUAAGUGUGAAGUUUAUUUACCUGUAGUAUUCAUUUGUCACACGAUGAGAUUAUAUAUGCAAAUAAGAACAUUUGAAAGCUCAUAUUUUUCCAUUUUCAGUGGCCUUAUUGUGGCUGAGGGAAUCUGAAUACAACAGUUUAUAGGUCAGUGAGCUCCGCAGAAAACAGAAGUCAAGAAUACUUAAGCUUUUCAGACAGGGACAGGGAUGAUAUAGCAGAAUACUGUCCUCUGAGAUAAAAAGGCCCAAUGUAUGACAAUAAGCUUUUCACAGUGUCACUAUGGUCACAAUUAAGAGCAAUUUUCCAAUUUGAAUACUUCAGUGGAUUGGUAAAAAGAAAAAGCCGAAAGCAAAGGUCAUCACCGCACCACAUGUGUCACCUAAGAGAAACACAAUCUGCAACACGAUAUCUGUGUGAGACGGGGGUUCAGUUUGGUUAUGUUUCUGUAUUUCUGUUAAGCAACCUAUUUCAUUUCUCCGGCUUUGUAGAUGUGCAUUCCAGGAGCUUUCUUUCCCUGAACUCAAGCAACUAUGUGUUUAUUCUUUCAAUUGAUUACUUUUGUCAUAAUUUUGAGAUAUAAAAAGUGCUAUUAUUUAACUUCAUGGUGGCUAAUGUUACAUUAUGUUCAAGUCUCGGAUGUUUAUUUCCUCAUCUCAGUUUUUCUUUUUUUUUAUUGCUUUUUCAUAUGCAGGGUGAGACAUUGCGGCCACCGCUGGCCUGGUAGGAAGAUUUGCACUUUCUCUAUCUUUGUACUAUGCACUGCCCUAUUGAUUCUAAACCCAAUAAUAUAUUACUUGAACCCAUCUAUAAAAGAAAUCUCCUUAAACGUUCACUUUGUGUGUAUGUAAAUAACACAAAAAAGGUAUCAACUCUUGAAAAAGACAAAAAAAAAAAAGUUUGUGGCGAAAAAGAGCAUCCGUUCUGAUGCCAUGUUACUCCAGCAGAUGACUUCAGAAAAAAUCUGUCCCCCACCAUCUGUUCUUGUGGCUUUGCCAUUCAAGCUUGGAGUGUCAUUACCAGAAAUAAACGUUGUGUUCUCUGCUCUCUCUAUCUAUCUCUCGUCUGGAUGCAUAGACUGAAAAUUAAAUAAUGAAAUUGUAAAAAAAAUGGCUUGUUAAAAAGAUCAUACAAUUACCUCUGAUUAGUUGUAAGCGUAAACUGUUUCUUUUUUUUCUGAAUGAAAGGAGUGCUUUUUAUUUUCUUACUUAGGUUUCAUUGGUGGCGAAAGAAGUCUGUAUGAAAAUCAGUUCUUUGCUGACACAAGUUCCAUUUGUUAUAAAUUAAUUCUAUUAAAAAAUGUCAGUGUAAUGCA